AUGAUUUCUUCACCAUCAGCUACAAAAGUAGUUGAUGACAACCGAUCAGUUAGCUCAAUACCAUCAGAAGUUGCAGAAGAUCACAAUGCGCAUAUUGUACGUCCACCAAAAUUUGACUCGAAAUCGAUUAAAAAAUACCUCUAUACAAGAAUAACUUCAUUGUGGGUAGGUUGGGAUGAAUUGAGUAGCUAUUCAUGGAAAGAAGUCCUUAAUCCAUUCUACCCAUUAAAAGAGAUGAAUUUACAUCAAUGGAACUUUUUCUUUAUGGCAUAUGGGGGUUGGACGAUGGAUGCUUUUGAUUUCUUUUUAACUAGUUUGAAUGUUGGCAAUUUGGCUAAAUCAUUUAAUAGAUCAACUAAAGAUAUCACUUGGGGUAUAACUUUAGUUUUGAUGUUUCGUACUGUUGGCGCUUUGAUUUUUGGAUUUUUGGGUGAUACUUUUGGAAGAAAAUGGCCCUUUAUUAUAAACAUGUCUUGUCUUAUAGCGAUUCAAAUUGGUACGGGGUUUGUUACAACUUACACCCAAUUUCUUGCCGUGAGAGCUGUUUUUGGUAUUGCAAUGGGAGGUAUAUUUGGGAUUUGUGCUGCAGAAGCAUUGGGCGAUGCUCCUAUAAAGGCAAGAGGUGUCCUUUCGGGGAUAUACCAAGAAGGUUAUGCUUUGGGGUACUUGCUAGCAGUCUGUUUCCAAAGAGCAUUUGAGGAAACUGACAGGGUUUGGCAAAAUAUGUUUUUCUUCUCCGCGGGUGUUUCUGUUAUAUUUGUCGUUUGGAGGCUAUUCAAUCCUGAAACUGAUAAUUUCCAACGACAAAAGGCAAUAUUCCAAAAAGGUGCCAAAGCCAAAAAAUCCGAACUUGCUGAGUUUAAAAGUCAAGCUAAAAAGGCCAUAAGGGUUUAUUGGUUGAAUAUCAUCUAUUUGGUAUUGUUGAUGUCGGGAUUCAAUUUCUCGUCGCAUGGGUCUCAGGAUAUGUAUCCUACAAUGUUGACAUCGCAGUACCAUUUUGGUAAUGAUAAGACCACUGUGGUUAAUGUUUGUGCAAAUUUGGGUGCAAUUGCUGGUGGUACAGUGAUUUCGCAUCUUUCCACAUUUAUCGGUAGAAGAACAGCCAUCUUGUUGGGCAAUGUGUUUGCCGCGGCCUUUAUCUAUCCUUGGGCCUUUAAACCAAUGUGGGUUACUGCAUUCUUUAUGCAAUUUGGUAUACAAGGUUCAUGGGCAGUUGUUCCAAUCCAUUUAUCAGAAUUAUCGCCACCUCAUUUCAAAUCAUUUGUAACUGGAACAGCUUAUCAGUUGGGUAAUUUAGUAAGUUCAGCAAGUUCGACAAUUGAAGCAACCAUAAACGAAAGCUUGGAUGAUUUUGGAAAGACAAUGGCUAUAUUUAUAGGGGCUAUUAUUGCUUAUUUGAUGAUUGUCAAUAUAUUAGGACCGGAGAAUAGAGGUGCCGAUUUGGAAGCUAAUAGAGACGAUGAGUUUAGUAUAUUUGAUGUUGAAGAUGAGGAGGAUAUGGAAGAGGAUGAUUUGAAUAAGACGCAUGAGGAGAAGAGCGGCAUUUCUGCUAACAAAAAACCGGAAUUUGAACAUCGGGAGAAUGUCUCUGACUCUGAUUUAGAUAGCCUACGUGAAGAGAAUAUCGGCACCCCCUCCAAUUUCAAUAAACCAGAAGUUGAAUAA